AUGUCAAAACCUUUUGCUGACAAAUUAAACAAAUUUAUUGAAAAACUAUCUAAUCUUUAUUUUUCUGAUAUUAAUGGAAUUAUUAAUAAUAUUCCUCUUCAAUUAUCUGAUACUAUCAUUUCUAUUGAUAUGGAAGUAAAUAAUGCCCAAGGUUAUGCUAUAAUUGCUGGAAUCAAUUGGCUUAACAAAGUACAAGGUAUCAUUGAUUUAAAAAGAGGACAAUUUAAAUUUACUUGGAACAACAAAUCUUAUAUUUUACCUAUUACAUAUUGGGAAAAGCCACAAUAUAAUAAUAGUGAACCUAUUCCUUUAAAAAACUCUUCUGAGUUCAAUGACUCAAAUAACCAAACUUCAUCUACUGAAACUAAUUCUAGUGAAAUUAGUGAGGAUAAAUAUGAAUCAUCUGAUAAUGAACAAAAAGAAUCUAAAGGAUUCUUAGUUAUAGGAAAUUCUGAUGAAAAACCUAUACUUGAAAUUAAUAAUACCCAAGUUAAAUAUCAAAAUGAAUCUUUCAACAAUUAUAAUUUUUAUUCUGAACAAACUAGUGAUCCUCGAGUUAUAAAAUGUUAUUGUAAUCAACCACAAAAAGCAUAUUCAAAAUGUAUACAAGUGAGGGAAGCAAUAAAAUCCACCUUAAGGAAAAUACUUAAAAACUUUUACCAAAAUGGAAUCUACACUCUAUCACCACUUUAUUAA